GUUAGAGAUAUGCGCUUGAGUUGCUCUCUUGCGAAUUGUAGAUGAAGAUGGUAGGCAACAAAAAAUGUGUAUGCAACUAUAGUCAGUACUUGCAGCAUUGCUUGUAACAAGAAAGACUUUGCAGUUCGCUGAUUAGUUAUGUCGAGUGUGGUGCUGGCCACGGCCGGCUAUGAUCAUACCAUCCGCUUUUGGGAGGCUACCAGCGGCUGCUGCUAUCGCACAUUGCAAUAUGCCGAAUCACAAGUAAAUAAGCUAGAGAUUACUGCCGACAAGACAAAGAUUGCCGCAGCUGGCCACCCACAAGUCCGGGUGUUUGAUGUCAACUCCAAUGACCCUAACCCGGUCUUCAACUACGACGGCCACGUUGGCAACGUUACCGCCGUGGGUUUCCAUAAAGACGGCAAAUGGAUGUACACAGGUGGCGAGGACGGCACGGUCAAGGUGUGGGACACGCGCGCCCCGGGCUGCCAGCGCACCUACGAGAGCCGCGCCGCGGUGAACUCGGUGGUGCUUCACCCCAACCAGGGGGAGCUCAUAUCAGGCGACCAGACGGGCCACAUCCGCGUGUGGGACCUCACCGCCUCCGCCUGCUCCUGCGAGCUGGUGCCGGAGAUUGGAACUGCGGUUCGCUCCCUGACGGUGGCACUGGACGGCACCAUGAUCGUGGCCGCCAACAACAACGGCACCUGCUACGUGUGGCGCAUGAUGAGGGGCGCUACCCUGACCACCCACUUCGAGCCGCUACACAAGCUGAAGGCGCACACCACCCACAUCCUGAAGUGCCUAAUAUCGCCCGACUGCCAGCAGCUGGCCACCACCAGCGCGGAUAAGACGGUCAAGCUGUGGAACCUGGACGGCUUCACCCUGGACCGCACCCUGGUGGGUCACACGCGCUGGGUUUGGGACUGCGUGUUUUCCGUGGACGCCGCCUACCUGGUCACCGCCUCCAGCGACGCCACCGCGCGGCUGUGGGACCUGAGCAGCGGCGAGGCCAUCCGCACCUACAGCGGGCACCACAAGGCGGUGGUGUGCUGCGCGCUGAAUGACUCGGCGAUUGAGGGACGGGAUGCGGAUGGGUAGGGGCUGGGAAGAGAAGACCGUACGGAACCAUGCAUAGGAAACCACAGGUUGGGACAAGACAAUGGGGAUAGGAGCGGCAGGGUGCCACAAAUCAAGUGUUGGUCAGCGUUGGUGCUGGAGGGAGAAUGGGGGGGGGAGGAGGAGAGGUUCUGGCGGAGAGAAGGAGGAGGAGGUGGAGGAGAGGGAGUGAUUGGGUGAGGUAGGGGGGGUGUUGGAGACGGUGUGUAGUGGUAGCUGUUGUGUUAGAACGAAACUGGCCGCGAGUCGGAACGUCUGGAGUCAUCACGUGCCAGCUGAUGAUGGGGAUGCCAUGAUGCGGUGCGAAGCGAGGUGCUGCUGCGGAAACAGUGUGGUGUUUGGAUUUUGCGAGUAACGGCAACUCGGACGGGGCAGGCAGGGCUGUGUUGCAGCAGCUAGCGGGCUAGGGAGGACGAUGCGUGGGAAGUGGAGACAGCAGGGAGGAAGAGGGGGGCAACUGCACGUGUUAAGAGUACUGGCCACGAGUAGGAACAGGGUCCAUGAUUGCCCGUGUAAAACGGAGGUUUGAGCGAAUAUCUCUUCUUGACUGGUUGCCCUUUGGCAACAGUGAUGUAUUCUAAGAAGCAAGGAUGAGCAGGAAAAUGUUGGUACUCUACUACUCUUUCAGCUUAGCAUUGUGAUGGAACUUGCCUGUAAGAAAGCGUCCCCGGCAG